AUGAGCAAUGUGAGACUGGGGCCUCUCCUGCUCCUUCCAACUUCUCAUGGACGGGAUGACCUGUUGGAUGUUGAGGCUUGUGAUCAAGUGCUCAUUUACGUGGCUCAACUCGUCAAUUUUGCUGAUCGUGCGUGUUUCUUUGAGGAGCCACGUCCCCCUAUCCUGUCACGGGUAGUGGCGAUUGAAAAGAAUAUCUCAAGUUUGAAACAAAGGUCGUUCAUGCGAGUACUAACGGCGUCCCUCGUCUCGGUGGUGUCUGGGAGUCCCGCAACUGGGAUGAACCAGUUUAGGCAAAGCAACUUGCAGACUGAGACGCCAUUUGGGUUUGAUCCCUUUUCAAGAACCCUGUUAGACAAGAUUUGCGCCCGCUUGGACGGGCUCUUCUCGGUUUCUGGUCGUCGAGGUGAGAGGCGAGAGGCGAGAGACGAGAAGCCAAAAGUGGCGCGGCCAGGACUCGAGACGAGCCGCACCGAUGGGCGAAAGUGGAGACUGAAGACGAUAGUAUCGGCACCUGUCUGA